UGGGAUACAUAAAUAUAUAAAUAUACAUAUGUACAUAUACAUUCCAAUGCGACUUGUAAGCAAUAACAAGCAGUAACAAGCAGUAACAAGCAAUAACAAGCAGCAAACACCAUGUCGACAUUCAAGCCUCCUCAGGAAAUGCCACCUCCAGGUGGCUUUGCUUCGGUCGAUUUCAAACGUAAUCUGCCCAGACGCGGACCCCAGGGAACGACGAUCUUUGCUAUGGGAGCAGUAGCAAUGGUCGGUGGAUUGUACUUCAUGGGUCAGGAAAAUCGUAAGCGAAGGAGACUAAAGCUGGAGAAGGUGGCCAACAGAAUCGCCAUCAUCCCUUUGCUACAGGCUGAAGAGGACAGAAGAUUUUUGCGUGAGAAAACGAAGUUCCUUGCCGAUGAGAAGAUUCUGAUGGAAGGUGUUCCCGGUUACGUUCCAGGGGAGCACUGGUACCACACAGACCGAUUCGUCCCACACACGAAAGUCGCAAUCCUCGGAGAGAUUCCCUAGACACUGCAUCGAAUUUUGCAGUAAAGUUUGCGUACUAGAAGAAAUUUUUGCCGUUGUUCCUUGGUCCAGUAUAAUCAUCAUCAAUUGAUCAGUUCAGGCUGCAUGUUGUGACGAGAAGCUUUCAUUUUGCAUCGAAAUGAAAAUCCAAGUAUUCAAAUAAACAAAUCGGCACAAUAUAGACUACUCCUC